CUUGCUCAGAAACGUGACAUGAUUGCCACCGUCCGUCAGCGUGGCAGGCGGAAGAAGUCCUUGGAUCCGGCCCCUGCUGCCAAGUUUGUCGUACCUUUGGUUGUUGCUCAGCUUUUCUCUCCUUCUGCAAUCCUGGCCUAAUCAAUCUAGCUUCUCAGAACCACGCUUUCCAUUGCAGCUCGAGUCUUGGUACAACACGACGGCCAAUUACCUCGACGUAUACUUGUUCUUCGCAUAACAUCUGCCAACCAUCAUGGUGCUCACAGUGUUCCGCAGGUUCCUGCAGUGGCUCGUCGAUCAGCGCAAAAGACUGUGGAGCAACAAACCAUGAACAAGCUACGCUCUUCCAUGUCCUCGCUGCGCCCCAACCGAACUUCCGCCCGUUUUCACAAAGCUUGCAUCUUUGGGCAUCUUGGGAGGGGGCCAACGUGGCCUAACUUCCUAGCGUUCGAUCUAUUGCUUACUCUCCAGGCCGGCGUAGACCAACAAGCACCGAUUUUCUCCACUGCUCCAAGGCUGGGCGAAUAGCAGAGCCCCGCUGUAAAUGUUUCACAACGCAGGGCAUAGCAACGAUCCACAUGCAUAGGGUAUGUAUUCUUGACCUAUUCACGAUUUGCUUAGCCUCGCUGCCAAGCCGGUAAGGGCUGUACCCAUGGCCUCGAAGGCGUGAGUGUUGCUCAGCGAACGUGCAUACUGUGUACUGCACCACGGAUCCAAUUACCUACACACAGACCAUACACAUACCCAUCUGAUGUCACCACUGGCCUGUUAUUCCGUAGUUCACAUGGUUGGUGAGCUUAUGCACGACCGUAUUGACAUUUGCGCAGCGACUUUGGUUGUGUACGGUAUGGUUCCGAACCAUGGGAUAUGGGCCAACGGCCUGCAUCUGAAAUCAGCAUGUUAUGGCCUGUAACGCUCUACAUAGCCAUUCUAGUAGCUAUUUGAUGUCGGCCGGUGAGGUAUAAAGACUUCAUUGAUUCCUUCCUGCUCCGGAUAUCACCAACGAGCUUCUUCUCUUCACAUCACCAAAACAUUCUCAAGUCUUUCGCUCUUGCCUCGCGGCUACUUGACUCGCUCCAGUCGUUACUUGAUUUUACCAAUCAAAAGCUCUUGCACCCACUUCAAAAUGCUUUCCAAGAUCUUCUUCACCCUUCUUGCUGCUUCCUCUGCACUCGCCGCCCCUGGUGGAGGUUCUGAUCAAUGGGGUGGUCAGGAGGAAUGCGAGACCACCUGUUCCACGGAGUUGUGUACCCAAACCAGCGUCUACCAAGUGACUACUGAGAUCUACGAGACCAAGACAGUGUAUUACCCUGUCACGACCUGGGUUCCAUCGACGGUUGAAUAUACCAAGACCUUGACAUCGACCUCAACCUCUCAGAUUGUCACCUCAACGCCUGUCACCACUGUCAUCUGGCAACCAGUCACGUACGAGACCUGUAUUGAGGUGCCAUACACAACUGUUUGCGAAGAGGAGACCAAGGUGCCAGAGGUCACUUCUUCUGCUACUGUGUCGGUUUGCACAGAGGAGACUGCAGUUCCCUACACGACACAGUGGGUUGAAACCCAGACUACUUGCGCUACUAUCACCAAAGGCUAUGGUGGCUGGGGCAACUCUGGCUGGGGCAACUCGGCCAACGGCGGCUGGUAAUCAGCUGGAAUAUCUCGACCUUCACACGAACUUCCCACUCUCAUCCAGCAUUAUCAUGAAACAUUUGUUUGGAACACUAGUCUUUCCUUAAGCGAGCAUUCACAUGGGUGGGCUACAUAGACACCCUCCUUUUCGUCAACAAAAAACAAUCUAUUCGGCGGUAUUGGGUAGCAGACAUCGGGCUGAAAAUACGGGACGGAUCGGGCGUUUUCUUGAUUUCCUUUAUCACGUAUCGAAAAGGAGCAGCCGCUCAUAUGCUCCCACGAGAUGCGGAUGACAUUCCUUAAUGAUUAAUUUAGUAGUACAUAAUGUCAAGAAACACCUUUCUGCUCGAUCCAAAA